AUGCCAAAAAUUGAGUAUAUUGGUCGUCCAUCUUUACACUUCUACGGCAAGCUCCUGUCAGAAAUAGCCAAAAACCUUAAAAAUCGCGCCAAGGGUAGAGUAGUAAUAAAGGAAACUGAAACAGCAAAAUUCAAGGAGCCAUGCUAUUACAUUUUAAAAAAUGUUGUUCCACUUAUGUCCGAUAAAUCUGAUGUUAGAUGUAGAGCAUGGGGUAUACGGGUAUUCCGUGGCCGAAAUCUUGGCUAUUGUCUCCUACCGAAUACACAUGAACCAGAUUGGCGUCUUCUAUCACCUAGUGAAGCUGAACGUCUAACGUCCAUGUCAACAAAAACUGAUUUGGUCGCUCCGGAUGUUCCAGUUAGCUGCGUUGCUCAAGCUCCCCCUUUGUUAACAAUAUUUUUACGAAGAAAAAAUGUACUUCCACCACAAGUAGUGGAAGAAGUUGAAAAAUCUACUCACUCUUUAGACAUACAACAAUCAAUGAGAGAAGCUAGUGGUUUAUUAUUGUUAACGCCUCACCGCUAUGAUCCGACAAGUUUCAAAGUUCCUAUUGAACCGACUUCCGAGGAGAAAUCACGUAUGUAUCCUCCAUAUGAAUGGUCAGCUAAAAAAGGAUUAAUUAUAAAGCCAAAUUUGGAUCGAGAUUCUUAUUUAAUUCGUCGAUCUGAUACACCUGGAUUGUAUUGGCGUGUUCAUUUAGCGAAAUCUUCCGAAACAGAACAAGAUAGUUUCAUAGACAGGAAAUUGUUAUCAAACGAACUGGAUUAG